ACUUUCCCCUGUAUUCAUAGGCCGAGUGAUAGCUACUUUCACAUGUUCAGGAGAAAAGGAAGUAAAUUUGGCUGUUCAGGAUGCAAAGGCUGCCUUUAAAAUAUGGAGUAAAAAAUCUGGCAUGGAGCGUGGCCGAAUCCUUUUGGAGGCUGCCAGGAUAAUAAGGGAGCGGAAGGAUGAAAUCGCCACCGUGGAGACCAUCAACAAUGGCAAGUCCAUCUUUGAGGCCCUCUGGGACAUCGACACGUCCUGGCAGUGCCUGGAGUACUAUGCAGGCUUGGCUGCGUCCAUGGCCGGCGAGCAUAUCCAGCUCCCAGGCGGCUCCUUCGGUUACACGAGAAGAGAACCACUUGGGGUGUGUGUGGGGAUAGGAGCCUGGAACUACCCCUUUCAGAUCGCCUGCUGGAAGUCGGCUCCAGCUUUGGCUUGUGGUAACGCCAUGAUCUUUAAACCGUCUCCCUUCACGCCCGUGUCUGUAUUGCUGCUGGCCGAAAUCUAUACUGAAGCUGGCGCGCCCCCUGGGCUCUUCAACGUGGUGCAAGGAGGGGCCACCACAGGCCAGCUUCUGUGUCAGCAUCGAGACGUGGCCAAAGUCUCCUUCACUGGCAGUGUGCCCACCGGCUCAAAGAUCAUGGAGAUGUCAGCCAAAGGAAUCAAACCUGUUACCUUGGAACUUGGAGGCAAAUCUCCCCUGAUCAUCUUCUCAGACUGUGAUAUGGAGAAUGCCGUGAAGGGGGCGCUGAUGGCCAACUUCCUCACGCAAGGCGAGGUGUGUUGUAAUGGUACAAGGGUAUUUGUGCAAAAGGACAUUCUUGAUAAAUUUACAGAGGAAGUGGUGAAACAGACCCAAAGGAUAAAAAUUGGAGAUCCUCUUCUGGAAGAUACAAGGAUGGGUCCUCUGAUCAACCGGCCACAUCUGGAGCGAGUCCUUGGGUUUGUUAAAGUGGCAAAGGAGCAGGGUGCUAAAGUGUUAUGUGGUGGAGACCUGUAUGUACCUGAAGAUCCCAAAUUAAAGGAGGGGUAUUACAUGAGACCCUGUGUGUUAACUAAUUGCAGAGAUGACAUGACCUGUGUGAAAGAAGAGAUCUUUGGACCAGUUAUGUCCAUUUUAUCCUUUGACACUGAAGCUGAAGUUCUGGAAAGAGCCAACGACACCACUUUUGGACUGGCUGCUGGUGUCUUCACCAGGGACAUCCAGCGCGCCCACAGGGUGGUGGCCGAGCUUCAGGCUGGAAUGUGCUUCAUCAACAACUAUAACGUCAGCCCCGUGGAGUUGCCCUUUGGUGGCUACAAGAAGUCAGGAUUCGGCAGAGAGAAUGGCCGUGUGACAAUUGAAUAUUAUUCACAACUAAAGACGGUGUGCGUGGAGAUGGGUGACGUGGAGUCUGCCUUUUGAAAACAGGAGGUGAAGCCAGUGAGCGUGGCCGGGCUCGGAGUAAUGAGGACCGGCUCUGUUGACGCAGGCGGAGCAGCCGCCUGCUGUUUAGAUCCAGGACGUUGGGUGUUCAGGAUUAGAGCAUGGUUCAGUGUCACUCUUCAUUGUUCAGUUUCCUAAGUAAAAAUGUGCAUAAGUGUCUUCUAGAUACUAAUCAAGAAAUCUGUGAUUUUCCGCCAGUUUCUGUGAAAUCUUUGAGAGCCACUACCACACUUCUGGGGAAGAGGGGGAGGGGCCAGGAUUAUUCGUCCAUAGAGUCCACCGGCUGCCGGGUUCAUUCUCCAGCUUGCUUUAAAGAGCCUGCUCCUUCAGGGGUUCCUGGUUGAGUCAGUUGAGGUGAUUUCUGCUCCUUGACAUUUUUUAAGCCAUGCCCCCCUGUCAUUCCAUUGCGAAGACCGACAGUCAGAAGAGAGAGGGCUUGGCCAGCGGAUGGGUCGUCUGGGUGUGAACACCGCCUUGCCAGAGCUAGCACUGUGCCUCCCCUCGGCGCUGCGGUGGUGGGGACCACCUUCAGUCCUUGAACUAUAGCUUGUACUCAUGACGGAAGAGUUACCUUUUAAAUGUACAGCUUACCUGGAUGCUACUGCAGUAUACGGAAAUUAAAUAAAUCACACUGUCCAGCC